AUGGAGGAGCUUUUUCUUCAAAACGUCUCAAUUUUUUUUUCCUCCUCUCAAAGCUUUGAUCUGUUAUUACGUUUUAAUACUACUACUAAUAACAACAUCAUGAGACGAAAGAAUCCACACCCGCAGCGCGCGGUGAACGCGAGGACGUUUUUGAGGGUGGUGAAGGGUAGGAGAGAGGAAGAGGGAGAAGAACCGGUGUUGUGUUUGAGGAUUCCUGACGAGGAUGAUUUCGAGGCAAAUCAUCAGAUACAAAAAGAAGAAGAAGAAGAAGAAGAGAUAACUGUUAGGAAAGGAACGAAGAGAAAGAGAGGGCACGAGUGCGAUGUUUGCGAAAAGGUGUUUAGAGCACCAUCCAAUUUGGCUAUACACAUGCGUAUUCACACAGACGAGAAACCGUAUGAAUGUGAUGUGUGCGAUAAAGCUUUUCGUGAAUCUGGUACUUUGAAAAAACACAUGCGUAUUCACACGAACGAGAGACCGUACGAGUGCGAUGUGUGCGAGAAACGUUUUACUCAAUCUUGUAGUUUGAAAAGGCACAUGCGUAUUCACACGAACGAGAAACCGUACGAGUGUGACGUGUGCGAGAAGAAGUUUCGUCAUUCUAGUGGUUUGAAAAGCCACAUGCGUAUUCACACGAACGAGAAACCGUACGAAUGCGAUGUGUGCGAGAUGAAGUUUCGUCAAUAUGGUCAUUUGCAAGACCACAUGCGUAUUCACGCGAACGAGAAACCGUACGAAUGCGAUGUCUGCGAGAAAGCUUUUCGUCAACUUAGUACUUUGAAAAGGCACAAGCGCACUCAGCAUUAG